CUUAAUUUUACGAUAAACGCUAUCGGCAUCCCUUAUGCGAGAACUAGGUAUAAACUACAUGCUCCUACCUCAGAACAUCGUGCAGUGGUAUCUCAGAAAAAAAGACGGCCACUCACGUUAUGGAAGCCACGGGCUAAUUAUUGCACAUGGUUGCACGUAGUUGCCUUGCCUACUACUUCUUUGCUAGCAGUUCUUGCUCGAGUCUUAUGCUCCUUCUUUUUCUGCCGAGUGAGCUCCUGCCGCCUCGCUUGCAAUCACAGUGCAGGUACCUACCUGAGGUGGCCGGAUCAAAGGGAAGCACUUACUUUGGUAGAACAUUCGUUGGUACAUUCGAUGUUCAUGGGCUCACUUCCUCCCUACUUUUUUCUUGUCUCUUAGGUGGUAGUUCGAGAUGACCUCAGGAGCUUUGCCCAGAUCUUGAAUGCGUUACUACCAAGCUCGAGCGCUUUUAAAACUCGCACUUAUUAAAAUCAUCAAUUACGUAGCUUAGUCUUGUGCCAGUCGCAGCCAGUCUAGAUAACAUCGAGGCUCAGUUUAAGAGGCACCAGAAGUCAUAGACGUCGAUGGAAAAUGGCAUCAUAUCCUCAAAACCCUCCAAAUUCCCCUAAGCCAUCGCCUGCAAUAUUCGCUCCCCCUGGGCGAAUCACAAGACCGAUAUCAUCACGAUCACAAACGCCUUAUCCCGUAGAUCGUCCAACCUUCUCCUCGCUCAUCCCCCAAAACAAUCAAGGCUCACAGCGACCACACUCGCUUAGCAAACGGCCAAAGGCUACAAGCAUCACCAGCUCACGUUCCAUUACGCCCGCUUACCAGUCUUCGCCUCCACUGCCAGCAUGUGCUCCCAGACAUGGAAUCUCGUUACGUUCCGCUCCUGGGCCAACUUCGAGUGCAAAUCAUAAGUUCGGGGGCGAAUGGCAAGAGGACAGUGACAAUAUAUCGGGAGAGGGUAUUGAUGUAUUGAAUGAAAUCAUCAUGGCGGUUGAUAUGAAGGAUCGUGGACCUCGGGGAUCUACAAUUGGCUGUGCGUACUAUUCAGUUCUAGAAGAGGCUUUGUACCUGCUCGAAGAUGUACAAAUGGCUGGGAUUGAUCUUGUCGAGACCCUUCUUCUCCAUGCACAACCUACGACGAUGCUCAUAUCCUCACGAACACCCGAGCCUCUAGCACAACUCCUCGCCAGAGGCUCACAAGAUGUCAAUGGUAACCAAGAAUUGCCCGGUGCUUAUAUUCUAAGAACCCUGAAUUCGACAGACUUCCGUUAUGAGGUAGGCAAAAAUAAACUGGCAGACCUCCAUAUCGAGAUGGGCGGCUCACAGAGCAUGGUAUAUGCAACUGUUGUCGACAAUAAUGUGCUCGAGGAUCAAGACCGGGGAUCUAGGCAAGGGCAACUCAUGCGACUGGCUACACUCAUUAAUCUUGAUAGCCCACUGUCUAUAGGCUGUGCAGGUGCGGUGUUGAGUGAUAUCCAACGUAGAAGGACGAUUCAAUAUCUCCCCCACGAUCCUGAUGCUCUGGCCGCUUUCGGGGUUCGGUCUGUGCAAAUGUUUUCAUUGUUCAAUUCCAUGUUUGUCAACGCAGACACACUUGUCUCCUUGCAAAUUAUGCAAUCAGAGUAUCAUCCCAACAGUCAUCAACGAGGUCCAACAGGUGCUACGUCAGGUGCUAAAGAGAGCCUCUCCGUUUAUGGCCUCUUUUCCCAUCUAGCCGUCACACCACAGGGAAAAUUGAAACUUCGUCGAAUGUUCUUACAACCAAGCAUCGACAUCGACCUCAUUCGCGAGAGACAGUGGACAAUUUCGUUCUUCCUUCGCCCUGGCAACGCUGAUACACUAUAUAGCAUCAGUAAAGAUCUCAGGAAGAUCAAAGAUAUGAAAUCUGUCGUGAUGUUACUAAGAAAAGGUAUUGAUAGUGUUGGUCGAAAGAUAACUGUAGCGAACAGUGUUUGGGCCAUGCUUCAAAAAUUCGCCGCCUAUAGCUUACAGCUGAGAGAAUCACUGCGAGUCCUACCAGAUGCCAAGAGUGUCGAUAUAAUCCAGAAGGUCAUUCAGAUUAUCGAUCCGAUUCAAAUUCGUCAAGUCGGGGAGCUCAUUACCGAAACGAUUGACCCUGAACAGUCUGUAGAUCGCGGGAGGAUAGCUGUAAAGCAAGGAAUCGACGCUGAUUUGGAUGAACGCAAAAGAGCCUAUGAUGGCAUGGAAAGCUUCCUUGCUACCGUGAUUACCAAGCUACAGAGCACUGUUCCAGAAUGGGCCAGGAAAUAUGUAAAAAACUGCAUAUUCUUUCCACAGCUAGGAUUCCUGACGGUCGUAUCAAUAAACCCGCAGACCGGCAAAGGCAACUACGACGGCGAAGGAUUGAACGAGACUUGGAUGUGUAUGUUCAUUGCUGAUGGUAGUGCCUACUACAAAAACCAGCAAAUGAAGGAACUAGAUGAAGAACUUGGAGAUCUGUACUGCAUGAUCAUUGAUAGAGAGAUUGAAAUAAUUCAUCAGCUUGCAGUUACCGUUCUCGAUCGGGAAACGGCAAUAAUAGAGGCGUCUGAAGUACUCGGUGAACUCGAUAGUCUGGUCGCUUUGGCCACUCUUUGCGGCCAGAAUGAGUGGACAGCACCUCAAAUGACCACUGCAAAUAUCAUCGAUAUCCAAGGCGGCCGUCAUCCCCUACAAGAAUUAGUCACACCAUCAUUUAUUCCCAACGAUUGCUCCAUAGCUGGAGGAAUAGGAAACGACAUGCAUGAAAAUGCGGACGCAUCUCCUUCGGUCGCUAUUGAUAAGCCCCCAGAUUCUCCAAGCACGGUCAUUAUUACAGGCCCUAACCAUUCAGGGAAAAGUGUCUAUCUUAAACAGAUUGCGACUAUUGUCUAUCUUGCGCACAUUGGGUGUUUCGUACCAGCCGAGCAUGCUCAAAUAGGGAUAACGGAUCGUAUCUUGACACGCAUUUCAACACGCGAAAGUGUAGCUCGCUCAGAGAGCGCCUUCGCCAUUGAUCUACGCCAAGUAGCUUUUGCGAUCAACUUCGCAACUCGACGUAGCCUAAUUAUCAUCGAUGAAUUUGGGAAAGGGACAAACAGCCAAGAUGGCGCGGGCUUGAUGACCGCUGCUAUCAGUCAUUUCACUGGACUGGGCAACGAACGACCAAAACUUCUAGUUGCGACUCACUUCCAUGAGAUCCUUAACAGCGAAUUUCUCAUAGAAUGUGCAGAACUGGCUUUUGCUCAUAUGAAGAUCCACAUAGAUCUUGAUUCUUCAACAGUAGAAGAUCAAGUAACCUAUUUAUAUCAGUUUGCACUGGGCAGAAGCAUUUCUAGCUUUGGUAGUCGCUGUGCUGCAAUGAACGGUGUCGGCCAAGCCAUCGUGGAGAGGGCCGAGUCAAUCAUACUUCAAAUGGUCCGCCAUGAAGACUUAGAAGUCGUAUGUUCAAAACUAUCAGAUACAGAGACUCAGAAACUUGAAGAAGCUGAGGACGUUGCACGGGCAUUCCUUGAAGAGGAUUUUAUACAUCCACCCACGACGACCCCUAAAUCCGAGCUUGAGCACUGGUAUCGGAGCAAGCUUGUGAAAAUGCUAUCACCAGCCCCGCCAUUUCAGGGCAGUUAUUCGACUGACUGACUGGGUCUUAAUCUAAUCACUACUUGUGGAAGAUAUGAACAAGGUAAUGUAAGCCCAUGUACUAUUACUCGGACGAUAUGCACGCUAAGAAUAGCAUCUGCUGAACGGUCUUGUGCUGGACAUUUACAAGCUUGUUUGGAAUGACAUCGAUGCCCAGUUAGAUAGGUUCGCAGGUCUCAUCUCCGAAAUAUAUAGCUUGCCAAUGCACUCUAAAAGCCAGGC